GGGGUUUGUGUCCCCCCCCCGCAGCCCCGCUAUAAAAGGUGUCGGGGUGCAGGCUGUCACCCAGGGCCAGCGAGCUGCUGCCACCCGCUCAGCAUGGCUGCCUCCUUCCUGCUGCUGCCGCUGCUGCUGGGAGCAGCACAGGCCACGGCCCCCCCGCCCUGCCAGGGUGACCCCAGCACCUGGUGCUGGGACACGGCCACGGCCGCGCGCUGUGGCUGGGAGCAGCAGUGCCAGCGCCUCCAGCACAGCCUGGCCCUGGGGAAUGUGGCUGACGGGGACAUCGUGGCUGGAGGGGACGGCGUGGUGGACGGGGAGGACGUGGCCCAGCGCAGGGGGAUUAAGUGCAGCCUGUGCACCAAGGCCCUGAAGAAGAUACAGGCGCUGGCAGGUGACAACCCUGAUGAGUCGGCGGUGACAGCAGCGCUGGAGAAGGGCUGCCGCGUGCUGGGCCGGCUCGUGGGCAAGCUGUGCCGGCGGCUGGUGAACAAGUACCGGGCACAGAUCACCGAGGGGCUGCAGAACGGGGACACGCCCCGGGACAUCUGCACUGCCGUGGGCAUCUGCAAGUCCUGAGCACGGCACAGCCCCGAGUGCCCCCAAACCCGAGACCCCUCCAGCCCCGAUGCCCCCACAGCCCAGCCAUCCCCCUCCCCACAAUAAACGCUCUCCUCUGGCUCCA